AUGGAAAUUAUUGAUACCACCAAUGAUAUUGAUACUAUAACCACAACUAUGAAAAGACUCUCAACAACUCCAAAUCAUAAAUUAAUUGAUAGUCUUCCUUAUAACUUUGCAAAUCAAAUAAAAAUGAUUCUACUAAACGAAGGUAAUCAUGAUGGGUUGGAUGAAGUCAUUUGUAAAUUAAACCAAAUUGCUGACGAAACAGGAAAUGGAAAUGUUCUACUUCCUAUUGUUCAAAACUUUGCGUUAAUUAAAGAUCAACAAAUGAGACCAUUGACUAGUAUUGAAAUUACUGUGUUUCAUUAUCAAUUAUUAGAACCGUUCAACACAAUAAUCAAUCCCAACGACCUUAUUAACGCAAUUUAUUGUGUUCCAAGAACAAAUAGUUGUUUAAUAAGAGCAUUCUUUUAUUGGAGUGGGUGUUAUUUUCUCAGAUUGAACUUAAUGAAGAAAGCAGAAUUUAUGUUUAGAAAUUGUUGUGAAAUACCACUAAUGAAAAAAACAGCUAGUAAGUUUGGAAUUGAAGCAUCAAAAAAACUUAUUUUAUUAACGGCUGCUCAUUUUGAACAGUACACCAUUCCUUUUCCUUAUUACCUUUUUAUUCCAAAAUGUUAUAAAAUGAUAGCAAAACUUUGUGGCGGAUAUAAUCUUGAAGGCAUUAACCGUUAUUCAUCAGAUAAAAUAUUUAAAGAAGAUGGAAAUGAUGGUGUUGUUGAAUACUUAUAUCAACAAUGUCAAAUCAAAGCAAUUGAACAUAUAGCAAAAGCAUAUUCUACAAUUUCAAUUGACGACAUUAUAAGGAAAAUAAAUAUAAGUCAAAGUGAUUUGAUUAAUUGCAUUGAACAACAAAAUAAAAGAGGAAAAGAUUGGGUAAUUAUUCAUGACACAAUCUUGUUUGGGAAUAAUCAUCUCAUCAACCAAAUCCAUAACGAAUCAUUUUUACUUCAAAUGACUGAAGUAACAUUACAACAAGCUAAUGACUUUAUGAACCUUAAGAAAAAACAAAGAAAUCAAUCAAAAAUGAAAAGUGAUUAA